AUGGUGGCGAGACUUGAGGCAGACAACGAGGAUCAGGAAGACAUUGCUGACGACGAAAUCCCUGGCGUACUCGAUUGUGGAUACUACACGCUUGUGCCCGAUGAGAAUGGUGAAAUUCUCGUUCCUAUGGGUGGAAAUAAGUCUUUGUCUGACGACUUCGAUGAUGGAGCGGGAGCUUGGAAGAAGAAAAGUGCGCCGGAGCCUAUGGCAGGUGGCUGGAAUGAUGCCAGCUUCCCGAGGCAUAAGCACUUGGAAUUAUACGAAGAGAUAAUGGCUGACAGCGGAAUUAACAAUGCUAGCAAGGGCGAAAUCAUCUACCAAUACAGACCCCACAAGUUCAGGAACGCGGCCCGCGUUCAGCAUCAAGAGAAGGAGAACAAGACCGACGAAGGAAUACGGGAGCCUGCAACUGGCGUUGGAGAGAGGAAGAGCGAGAGUGAGAGCGUGACCAGUGGCGACGGUCAUGGCGAUGAGAACGAGGAUGGCGAUGAGGAUCAUGUAGCGGCUGGCGGACAGAAAAUGUGCAACAAAGAGGAUGAGGACUGA